ACACAUUGCUUACAGUAACAGAGACAUAAAAAGAGGAGAGAUUAAGCAUACUAUGGGCCUGAUGUUUUACUUCAUAUAUUUUUUUCCCACUAAAUUAGUCAAUGCCUACUGGCAAUAGCAAACAGAAACAUGUUUGUCAGGGCAGGUAGCCAGAAAGCAAAUUGAGAUAUGCUUUUAAGGUAUUACUUAUGUGUUUGUGCAGGGCAAAGGUAGUGCAUUUGUUUCAGGUCAUUGGAAAGGCAGAUGUGUUUUGCCCUUACAAGAGUCCCAUUCUUCAAAGGCAACGAGAAGGAAAUUCACACUGGUAUGAUUCAUGACAAUAUGUGUGUGUGAUGGUGCCCUUCAAAGGGUUGGUACCCCAUCCAGGGUGUUCCCCGCCUUGUGCCCCGAGUGUCCCCUGGGAUAGGCUCCAGGCUCCCCGUGACCCUGUGUAGAAUAAGCGGUACAGAAAAUGGAUGGAUGGAUGAUGCCAUGGCAUUAUCACGUCUCGACAUCAGCGAGUGAUCAACACUUAACCCACAUUUAACACUCAAACAUCAUUUGGAGGGUCUGUGUGGCUACCACCACUGGGUGAGAUUUGAACCCUGAGGCCAGCCUAGCUUGGCAGUACAUGAUGAAGAAGAAGAAGCAUCAGAAGCUGUUUUUAGUGGGUGUAGUAGCCUGGGCGCUGCUCUCCUUUAUUUUCUUCUUUCAGAGCACAGAUUCCAACUUGAUCUUCUUCCGUGCUUCUGUAGUCUCAACUUCCGCCCUGGGCAACAAGAGGCCCAUCGAUGCCCCCCGUGUGGAAAACAAGGCCAGCACUGAACAGCCGAAGCAGAAGGAUCGUCGUCGUAGCAGAGCUAUCAUACCUCCUGUAAUGCAGCAGAAUUCGAGUUUAGAUGAGUCCUGGGUGGAUAAAGUUGUUAGAGGACUAUGGAUGGGCUGGGCAUCUUCUGACAUGCUGAGUUCAGAUCUUCGGAAAGCCAAGAAGGACUAUACUGCUAUCAACCUGUACAGGGUGACCUACACAGGAUACUGGAAGAAGCAGAGGGACAAGAAGAACCUCCUCUGCCAGCUGAAGCAGCACAAACUGCUCAGGACACUGACUGGGUCGGAGGAGCCCUUCGCGAGCCUGGGAUGGCAGAAGCUGGUGCCUCGUCAACCUCUGGAGGAGGCCAUUAGUGGCCCCUACAGGACAUGUGCUGUGGUUUCCUCGGCUGGUGCCAUUCUCAACUCAUCCCUGGGUAGAGAGAUUGAUUCUCACGAUGCCGUGCUUCGUUUCAACGCUGCUCCAACUGAGGGUUAUGAGAAUGAUGUGGGCAGCAAGACCACCAUCCGUGUCAUCAACUCACAGAUUAUGGCUGAUCCACAGCAUAGGUUUGCAGACAGUCAUCUCUAUAAGAAUAUUACACUUGUGGCAUGGGACCCUGGUCCAUAUUCUGGCAACCUCGAAAAGUGGUAUAAGAGCCCAGAUCAUGACCUGUUCACAGCAUAUAUUGAACAUAGGAAGAGAUCUCCAUCACAGCACUUCUACAUCCUGCACCCAGGCUUCCUCUGGAACCUGUGGGACAUUCUUCAGAGCAACACAGAAGAGAACGUCCAUCCCAAUCCACCCUCGUCUGGGUUUAUAGGCAUCAUUCUGAUGAUGAGCAUUUGCAAGAAUCUUGAUGUCUACGAGUUCAUCCCGUCCAAAAGACACACGACUCUGUGCCACUACUACGAACAGUACCAUGACUUUGCCUGCACAUUGGGAGCAUAUCACCCACUGUUUUAUGAGAAGCUCCUCAUCAGAAGAAUGAGCACUGUCUCUUUGGAUGAACUUAAAACAAAGGGCAAGGUCACUCUCCCAGGGUUUAGUCAGAUCAAAUGCACAUGACGACAAGUAUAGUAAAGACGGCAGCAUAAACUCAGAGCUGAUUUAAAAACCACACAAACAGAAAUGACCAAAUUGGAAUACGAAAUAAAUCAGAAGCUACAACACUAUUGUUAAUAUAGGGAAACUGGCAGGGGAAAGUACCUGAGUAGUUGUACUUUGUUUCUAUACUUAAGGAUUAUUUCGGUGUAUUUAUACUUUACUUGAGUAUUAUUUUAUAUUGAGUAUUUGUACUCUUAAUUACAUUUCCAAGAAAAAUGUACAUUCAGAAAGUGUACAUUCCUUACAUUUCUAUUUAGACCUUCAAAGUACUUGUUACAAAUCAUAAAGGUUUCUUCUUCUCAUCCAGCCAAUAUGUAUAAACAUAUGGAGUUUCUCUCUCUAUCCAGCCAAAGCUUAAUGGACACCAGCUGACUCUGCUUGCCAUUAACUGCAGGACUGCUCUGAUUGGCUGCUGGAGGUGGAGCCUGUGGAUAAAGUUGGAGAAGAAACCCAGUUAAGAGAGGCCUUUUGUCUCCAGGCUGGUUGGACUUUGUCUUCUCCUGCCCCAGAACUUUAGCUUGUGUGCUACUGUCUUUGAAGGUUAGGCCGUUGUUGCUUCAGCUAGUGUAGCAGUUGUUGUUCACUAAAGUGGCUAACACCAGCCUGUAUCUGAUCUAUGUUUUAAUAACAAAACUAUAGUCUUAAAUUGUAUGUGUUUCUUUCUUGGAAGCUGUAGGGAGGUGGAUGCCAUUUUUGUUCAUGUCUCUGUUUUCUCCUGUUUUUGGUUAGAGAGGGAGUGAGGUAAGAACUUGUUGAUUUUAAUUUUAUUUUGAAAGCUUAGGAAGAACUCCUUAGUAAGAACUCAGCACAUAUAUAAAAUACACCGAUCAGCCAUAAGAUUAAAACUACUGAGAGGUGAAGUGAAUAACAUUGAUUCUCAUUACAAUGGCACCUGUCAAGGGUGGGAUAUGUUAGGCAGCAAGUAAACAGUCAGUUCUUGAAGUUGAUGUGUUGGAAGCAGGAAAAAAUGUGAUGGCAAGACGACUGGGUCAGAGCAUCUCUAAAAUGGCAGGUCUUGUGGGGUGUUCCCAGUAUGCAGUGGAUAGUACCUACCAAAAGUGGUGCAAGGAAGGACAACCGGUGACCCGGAGACAGGGUCAUGGGUGUCCAAGGCAUACUGAUGUGCGUGGGGAGUGAAGGCUAGCCUGUCUGUUCCGAUCCCACAGAAGAGAUACUGUAGCACAAAUUGCUGAAAAAGUUAAUGCUGGCUAUGAUAGAAAGGUGUCAGAACACACAGUGCAUCGCAGCUUGCUGCGUAUGGGGCUGCGUAGGCGCAUACCGGUCAGAGCUCCCAUGCUGACUGCUGUCCACCGCCAAAAGCGCCUACAAUGGGCACGUGAGCAUCAGAAUUGGACCAUGGAGCCAUGGAAGAAGGUGGCCUGGUCUGCUGAAUCACGUUUUCUUUUACAUCAUGUGGACGGCUGGGUGUGUGUGCAUCGCUUACCUGGGGAAGAGAUGGCACCAGGAUGCACUAUGGUAAGAAGGCAUGCAGGCAGAGGCAGUGUGCUGCUCUGGGCAACAUUCUGCUGGGGAAACCUUGGGUCCUGGCAUUCAUGCGGAUGUUACUUUGAGACGUACUACCUACCAAAACAUUGCUGCAGACCAAGUACACCCCUUCAUGGCAACGGUAUUCCCUAAUGGCAGUGGCCUCUUUCAGCAGGAUAAUGUGCCCUGCCACACUGCAAAAAUUGUUCAGGAAUGGUUUGAGGAACAUGCCAAAGAGUUCAAGGUGUUGACUUGACCUCCAAAUUCUCGAUCAAUCUGAUCCAUGAUGUGCUGGACAAACAAGUCCAAUCCAUGGAGACCCCACCUCACAACUUACAGGACUUAAAGGGUCUGCUGCUUACGUCGGGGUCCCAGACAGCACAGCGCACCUUCAGAGGUCUUGUGGAGUCCAUGCCUUGACGGGUCAGAGCCGUUUGGCAGCACAAGGGGGGCCUACACAAUAUCAAGCAGGUAGUUUUAAUGUUAUAGCUGAUUGGUGUAAGUUUUCAUCUUAGACUGUGCCAUGGCGAGAUUAGUUUUUGCAAGUUCACAGGCUUUGUGAAGACGCUCGCGAUACGAACUGACAUAGUCCAAAACACAAAUAGAUGUGUUACUUUUACCUAUUAACUGUUCCUUUAACAUCUUCAAGGGUCUUUGCACUGUCUGUGCAAACACCAGUUCUGCGGGACUAAAUCCCAGGGAUUCUCUCACAGCAAACAUGAGCAAACGCAAGCCAUCUUCCCAAUCUUUCCUGGUCUCUACAUAGAAGGCACAGAGCAUAGAUUUAAGGGUUUGGUGGAAGCAUUCUAACACUCCUUGCGACUCAGGGAGCUAAAAGCAUUGCACUUGUACAGUCUGCACCUGAUCUGAUUACUUCUAACACUUCAUCAUAUAGCCCUGGGACAUAACAAUAUUUACAUUAACAAAAUUAGAAAAGGCACUGAGACAGACACUGUGGUCCAUAAUGGGCCAUUUCCAAGAGUUCCUGAAAUCAUUAAUUCAUUCAUUUUUCUUUAGUAACCACUUUAUUCAGGUCAUGGUCAUAGUGAACCAAUCCCAAGAACAGUGGGAGUCCUUUGAAUGCCAGUCCUUUGCAGGGCACACACUCAUUCACACCUAGGGGCAACUUACAGUCCCCAGUCCACUUACUGGCAUGUUUUUGGGAGGUGGAAGGAAACCAGAGAACCUGGAGGAAACCAACACAGACAUGAAGAGAACAUGUGAAACCCUGCUGGCAACUCUACCUGCUGGCUCUGCCUUCAUCCUGUUAAGCUGAAUAAACAAAAAGGGACCCAAUUUUAAAGAAAAGGGUGCCGUAUCUUUAUCAUCAUUAGGGGUAAACCACUAUAUGCGACUCGUAUUUAUAUUGAGAAUACACAUUAAUUUACAGUAUUGUAAUUUCAAAAAUGUGUCCUUAUUUCAAGGUAACUGUUGCUCAGGAUUGUACUGUAUGUUUUAUGAUUUAUUACAUUUUAACCACUAUUGGCAUUUAAACAAGGAAAAAUUAAAUUAAAAAGAAUUAAAGAACUUAUUUAUUGUCCACCCUCUGAUAUACUCUUUAAUUUUAGAAUAUUUAACUUGUAUUUUAAAAUGCAUGUCUUGAAGUUCAACCAUUGUUGGUUAAUACAAGGUGUUCAUUUGGUGAUGUAGUUCAGCCUGCUGCAUGAAAUCUGAAGUUUUAUUGUAUGUGUGUUUCUUUUUCUGCUUUUCUAUGUUAAUUGCUAGCAAAUAGCUCCAUUUUUUAAGGGCAACUCAACAUUGGGUUCAAAUUGUGUAUUAAAAUUGUCAGAUUAUCUUUUCAGUUGUUUUUUGUUAACACAAAUCAC